CCCAACGGCUUCGCGUCCUCAUGCAGCGCCUCGAGAACUAUUUCUAGGACCUCUAAUGUCUCCGCUAGAAUCACUGCAUCAUCGGCAAAUUCAAGGUGUUAGGUAAUGGCUGGGGACGCAGCGAGAGCUUCAACUGAAUCCACGUCUUCUCUUGUGCGACGCCGCCUCCUCGGACUAAACCUGCGUCACCAGAGAGCAUGAUGUGGCAACCGAAGUCAUGGAUGAUAGAAGCUUUCCUUUUUACUCUGGCAACUGUGAUUUGGAUCGACUUCAUAAGGCUGAGCAAUGAUAAAUUGAUUUUGUGCAAACACGAGAAUCAAGAGAACAAUGACACAAUCUUUGACUUGAAGAUGGACAUCUCGCAGCUAAACCUAAGAAUGAAGACUCUGCGAUGGAGACGAGUUUUAUACAAGAGUGAGGCUGAUAAAUACACCAACCUUCUUGAGAUGAAAGGAAAAUUGCUGGUUCAGAUUGCGAUGUUGGAGAAAGCCAACAGACAAGCGGAGAAUGGCAACUUCUAGUAAAUAAUAGGUACAGGAAGGAAAUAUUUGAGGAAAUAUUUUGAAUGAUUCAUAAGACUUAUUUUUCACUGAUUAUGAAAAUAGUGCUCCAUGUUGCAAAAGCGUAAAGGCAUUGCUAAUAUUAUAACUGUACCGCUACUGUACAUUAAAAGAUGCAAUAGUUAA